UUGUUCUAAAAGUUCUUCCAGACGUCUUCCUCUAUUUAUCUCCUUAUUUUGAAAAUGAUUUAGAAAAUAGUGAGAAUCCAGCUUUUUCUCUUCUGGUCCGAACCAACCAAGCCUAGCCCAUCUAUUUUUCUAUCGGUGGCCUUCUUCACGUUGGGAGCGCUCCUUCAAGAGAGGCUCUCGCUGACGUCUGCUCCUCUGCCUCACAUGGUCGACGCCAUCCACUCCAACCACCGCGACCACGCCUCUUUUCCUCCAGAAAAUCCCCACCGAGAGCCCCUGCAAACCCUAGCCUCUCCCUUCCACAUACCGCCGCCACCACAAGCUAUCUUUUCCCGUCCUCUUUUCUUCCUCACGCAAUGGAGAAAACACCACAGCGACCACCAUGGCGCCGCCGCAGCUGACCACCCCGCGCCCGUCCGAGACCACCAGAAGCUCCGUCUCGUCGCCCCGGCCCUGCUCGUCCAAGGAAUCGAGCCGGCGUUCUCUCAAUCAACGGCAAACUCGCCGAUUCCCCUCUCCGGCCACCAUGCACCGGCGAGAUUUCCGACCGCCUCCGACCUCGUCCGCCUCCGUCGAGGUGUUCAUCAGUUUCCUGGUGAGAUGGCGCCCCUUUUCCCUCUCUUCCCCGUCCUGUUUGCUCGUUGUUUGGCGUCGCCAAAAUCUGACGGUUUUGUCGCUGUUCUGACCGAGGUUCUCGCCGGAGUUUCCUCAAACGUGUUGCCGAUACUCGCUGCCGUUCGCAUCGCCGGGCAGUGGGAUGGAACCGCCAUGACGACCUGCGCAUCUUCAUCAACCCCGGCGUCGCCUCCCGUCCUCGAGCUAUUUCCCUUCGCCAACGACCUCUCCUGGCAUUUUCUUCUUCCCGGAUAGGAUCACGAAGUGUUGAUGUGAGAUACGAC